GCGGCGGCGGCAGAGGCGGCAGAGGCGGCGGCGGCGGGAGGGGCGCGGGGGCAGACAAAGCCUCGGCUAAUGAAUGAGAGCGCGUCCGCCUGCACGGCCGUCGUCCGCAGCCGGGCGCGAGUCGCCCCACGCCCGGAGCCCGCGAUGACGCCAAAGGGUCGUCGUGCCGUGAAGAUGACGGCGGCCCUGAGUCGGAGACGGGCAGGCGCCCCCUGCGUGCCCGCGUGCCCCCUGCGUGCCCGGGAGGCGGUGAGCCGUCGAGUGCCUGGAGGCAGCGGCCUGCAGCCCCGGCCCGGGCGCACCUGAGCCCCGAUCUCUGCUGCACGGCUCAGAGGCUUGGGAUCAGCCAUGUGCAGAAGCGGCCCGAAGGAUCAGGUCAUUUAGCAGAACUGAAGACGAUGUACAGUGGGGCACAAAUGAGCAUUUUGGUCCGUUUCCUACCAACCUGAGACGUGGGGUGUUGGAGCAGCCAGAACAGUUAUGCUCGGUCAUGGAGAACGGCCGGCAGACCAGCCCCAAAGGGGAUGGGGGUUUUGUUUCUGACAAAGUAGGUUUUAAAAUAGAAGAGGAAGAUGAGGGUCAGAUCCCCAGGCGCAGUUUGGAAAGAGCCGCCUCCAGGCGGGAGCAGGAGGACAGGAAGCGCGCCGCCGCCGGGGAUGAGCAGGCCGUGCGGGAGGCGGGCUGUGGCUGCCGGCCGCUGGGCAAGCCCUUCUCGGCCGAGGCCGAGGACGACUACGGGGCGCUCUUCUCGCAGUACAGCAGCGCCCUGUACAGCGUGGCCAUGGAGGCCGUGACGCAGAGCCUGCUCUCCGGCCCGCACGGGAGCUCGCGGAAGAAGUCGCCAGCCUGGAAGCAUUUUUUCAUCUCUCCCAGGGACAGCACCAAAGCCAUCUGCACGUACUGCAUGAAGGAGUUCAGCCGGGGCAAGAACGAGAAGGACCUGAGCACCAGCUGCCUCAUGCGGCACGUCCGCCGGGCGCACCCGGCCAUGCUCCUGGGCCCCAGCGCCGGCGCGCCGGGCCUGGCCUCCCUCUCCGCCCCCGCAGACGCUGCGGACCCGGGCGCCGCCGGCCUCGCGCCCGCCCCGCUCGCCCCCCCGACGGCGGCCAAGCUCCCGAGGUCCCCCGGUCAGGGCGCCGAGGAAGCUGCGCCUCGGCUCUCUCCCGAGGAGGUCCCCCCGGACGUGUCGGUCCCGGACAGGGGCGGCAGGGAGGAGGCCCCGGGGGGCCCCCCGCCGCUUUAUGACGAGUCGCCCGAGAACGGGGCCGAGAAGAACCUCCCGCUUCCGAGGAGCUCGUCGGGGUCCAGGCGGAGAUCGGCCGUCUGGAAGCACUUCUACCUGUCGCCGCUGGACAGCUCCAAGGCCGUGUGCGUCCACUGCAUGAACGAGUUCAGCCGCGGCAAGAACGGCAAGGACCUGGGCACCAGCUGCCUCAUCAGGCACAUGUGGCGGGCGCACCGCUCGGUCGUGCUGCAGGAGAACGGCGCGAGCGCCGGCGUGCCGCCCCCCUUCUCCGCGCCCCCGACCCUGCUGCCCGCGCCGCCGCCUCCGCCGCCGCCGCCGCCGCCGCCCCAGGACGGGGAGCCCAGCUCCGGGCCCGCAUCUCCAGGGAAGCUGGUCCCAGAGUCCCCGUGCGCGUCCCCGUCCCCCGAUCGGCUGGGGGAGGAGCUGCCUGCGCGCUGGAGCCCCGGGGACGCGCCGGCGGGAGACGCACCCGCCCUGUCCUCGUCCUCCGACGGGGGCGAGGCGUCGCUGGCGUCCUCCCCCGAGAAGCAGCAGGGUGACGCCGCGCGCCCCCGCCCGGUCGAGCCCGGCGCCGUGUUCCAGCAGAACAAGAAGGUCAUGAAGAGGCUCAAGUCCGAGGUGUGGCACCACUUCUCGCUGGCCCCCACCGACAGCCUCAAGGCCGUGUGCCGCCACUGCGCCUGCGUCAUCAGCCGCGGCAGGCGCGGCGACAUGGGCACCAGCUGCCUGAUGCGCCACCUCUGCCGGCGCCACCCCGCCGUGGUCGGGGGCCAGCGGGGCUUCCUGGGCGCCGGCUUGGCGGGCUCGCCCUACGCCACCCUGGCCUCUGCAGAAACCGCCUCCAAGGUAACCGACCUGCCGACAGCGGUGGCCAAAAACAGCCAAGGCCUGUUUCCCGCCAACAGCAAAAAGACCUCGAAGCUGUGGAACCAUUUUUCCGUCUGCUCCGCAGACCCCACGAAGGUGGAUUGCUUGCACUGUGGCCGGACCAUCAGCCGGGGCAAGAAGCCCACCAACCUGGGCACCAGCUGCCUCCUGCGGCACCUGCAGAGGUUCCACGGCAGCGUGCUGAAGCCCGACGCCCCCAGGCCGGCCCCGCCGGCCUCCCCGGGGCUCCCCGCGCCCCUGAGCUUGCAGCCCGCCGGCGCCGCCUCCUGCGAGGACGCCGCUGAGAAGCUGCCCGAUUCUCACCCAGCUGCCAAAAAAAUAACAAGUCUCGUGGCAGAAAUGAUCGCCCUUGACCUCCAGCCAUACUCGGUGGUGGACAGCGUCGGCUUCGGCAGGCUGCUCGGGCACCUGAGGCCCCAGUACUCCCUGCCGCCCGCGUCCUACUUCUCCAGGACGGCCAUCCCGGCCAUGUACGACGGCGUGAGACACGUGGUCAUGGCUCAGCUGCAGGAAGCCGAGAGCGGCGUGGUCCACUUCACGUCCGGGGUCUGGACGAGCAGCCAGACGCGGGAGUACCUGACCCUCACCGCUCACUGGGUCACCUUCGAGUCGUCGGCCCGGCCGCACCACCAGGACCGCCACUGCUCGGCGCUGCUGGACGUGUCCCAGGUGGACUGCGACUACAGCGGCAGCAGCGUCCAGAAGCAGCUGGAGUGCUGGUGGGAGGCCUGGGUGACGUCGGCCGGCCUGCAGGUGGGCAUCACGGUCACCGACAACCCCAGCAUAGGGAGGACGCUGAACGAGGGCGCGCGCUCCAGCGUGCAGUGCUUCAGCCACACGGUCAGCCUCAUCGUCGGCGAGGCCAUCAAGAGCCAGAGGCUGGUCCAGAACCUCCUGAGCACGGCGCGCAAGAUCUGCGAGCGGGUGCACCGGUCGCCGCGGGCCAAGGCCAAGCUGGCCGAGCUGCAGCGGGAGUACGCGCUGCCGGCGCACCCGCUGCUGCAGGACGUGCCGUCCAAGUGGGACACGUCCCUCCACAUGCUGGAGCGGCUCCUCGAGCAGAAGAGGGCGGUCAACGAGCUGUCGGUCGAGUGCCACUUCCGCGAGCUCAUCAGCUGUGACCAGUGGGAGGUCAUGCAGUCCGUGUGCCACGCCCUGAGGCCCUUCGACGCCGCGCGCCGGGAGCUGGGCGCCCGCGAGUCCACGCUCAGCCAGGUCAUCCCCAUGAUCCACAUCCUGCACAGGCGCGUGGAGAUGCUCUUCGGGGAGACCACGGGCGUCGACACGAUGCUCACGUCGCUGCGGGAGGCCAUGGUGAGCCGCCUGUCGGCCCCGCUGCACGACCCCCGGUACGCGCUGGCCACGCUGCUGGACCCGCGGUACAAGGCCUCCCUCUUCUCCCAGGAGGAGGCCGAGCAGUACAAGCAGGAUCUCAUCAGGGAACUCGAGACGCUGGACUCCCCCUCAGGGCCCGCGCCCGUCGCCAACGGCGCCGGCGACCCGGCGUCCCCGCCGCGGGCCGGGGCCGGGGCCGGGGCCGGGGAGGAGAGCCUGUGGUCGCUCAUGGCCACCGUGCAGAAGGCCGAGCCCCGGGGGCAGCCCGGGCUCCCGGAGGACGCGGUGCUCGCGUACCUGGCGGAGGAGGUGCUGGAGCACGGCUGCGACCCGCUCGCCUACUGGAGCCUGAAGAGGGCGGCCUGGCCGGGCCUUGCGGCCUUGGCCGUCCGCUUCCUGGCCUGCCCGCCGAGCGCCGUCCCCGCCGAGAAGCUGUUCGGCACCCCCACCGAGAACGGCAGCUUGGGCCCGUCCAGGCUCAUGAUGGAGCAUUUCGAGAAGCUCGUCUUUCUCAGAGCGAACCUCCCCCUGAUCUCCUUCCAGUACUGAGACACGCGGUGCAGCCACCGGUCGAGAGGCGGCGACUGCCCCGCGGCCGGCGGCUCGCGCGCCCGGGGCCCCAAGGACAGCGGGCCCGGCGCUCGGGCCGCAGCCCUCCCCGUCCUGCCCACGCGUGCCUUACUCCCGGUCCUGAGCCCGGGACCGCGGCGCGGUUUCUGAGGCGUCCGCCAGAAACCUGCUGUCGUGCCGAUCAUGAAGCCCGCUGACGAGGCGUCCCCCCGUGCCUGUGACGCGUUUGUAGGGUGGGGGUUAGUGAGGUGUUGGACUGGAAUGGCAGAGGAGUUGGAAGCAGGCUUUUUUCUCUAGGCUUUUUGUUCGAUUACGUAAAAACCACCAAUCAGGUACUGUACUGUCGUUUACCGUUGCUUUAAUUGCAGCAAAGCAGCUUUUGUGGCCGUCGAGUCAAAUCUGUAAAUAGGAGGCAGAGUUCAAGCCAUCCUGCCCGCGCCCUUCCCGGCUGCAGCUCUGACGCGCCUCGAGUCCAGAGCGCCAUCUGGGAGGUGACUGUCCCUGCAGCGGAGACGUGGCGUUGAAGACGAGCCUUCCCUCGCGCGUCACGCCGCCGGUCCUGCGCGCCUCGGGGGCGUGCGCCCAUUUCAGGUGUUCCCUCGGAUGCCCCGGACACAUCCCAGCUGCUUACGGGUGGUGCCCGCGCUGCCUGCCGUGUGGCCGGUGCUCAGCGCACCCGUGCACAGCGUCCCGUCGAUGACCCCUCUCCAAGCCCUCCCUGGUGGCUCCACGCCGUGAAGCCAGCUGGAAACGUGUGCACUGACCUCCAGUUUGAUCAAGUUCUGUGUAAACUUCUCUGUAGAAGCGGCGGCAGCUCACUGACGGGGAAAGCGACUGUCGUGCUGCAGUUGUAAGACUAGCCUCAGGGGGUUCGAAUUUCUUUUUUGUUUCACAGGGAAGAUGCAGCCAUCAGCGGGUGUCAGAACCCAGGACAUCGGGACGCAGUAUCAGUCACCAGGUUCUCCUAACAAUACUACGUCUUCGAAGUUUCUGCCUCAACAUCUAGUAUUUCCAGCCAGUUAAAUGUUCUGGAUGAAACAGGUCUCUCACUUGCCGACGACUUUUAGAGAAGUCGUCCUUCUGUUAAAAUACUGUACCUACCAUUAAUCUGGAUUUGCAUUGACUAUGUUUUAGUGUAUUUAUAAAUGGCGAACUCAGUUUCUGAAAUUAAACUUUUUAUUUGCAAUUUUCUA